GUUCUUGCUUAAAAGGGUGCCUUAACAAGUCCUUCCAGAAGGGUCUGGGAUAACUAUAAGUUAGGGCAGUGAAUAUCUAUACAAGGCGGGGAAGACAGCCCUGCUCUGCCACAAGACUGUAUACUUAGAUAGGAACACACCAUCAAAUCAACAAGUAAGCCAGAAACUCUUCCUAAUCACCUUCCUACCAUCAUCCUAAACCCUCCAACACCCACCCAGUUAAUUAUAUCCUGCAUCUCCUGUAGUGGAACUGCCUCAGGCACCAACCCCACUAUAAGAACUGGCCCGUGCCCACCCCAUCCUCAUCCAGCCUAGCCCCAUCCCCAUCCGGCUAGUGCGGGGGCUGACUCAGCCAGGGUGAAGCUGUUUUUUCUGCCCGGGCCAUAAUUCCUCAAACUCCCCCGCAAUCUCUCCUCUCCUCUCCUCUCCUCCCCAAUACAACAAACACACACACACAUCAUGACCCUCCCCGCCUACAAGACCGACUUCCUCGAGUCGUGCCUCUCGGCCAACGUCCUCACCUUCGGCACCUUCACCCUGAAGUCGGGUCGUCACUCCCCCUACUUCUUCAACGCCGGCACCUUCCACACCGCCACCCUGCUGUCUUCCCUCUCCACUGCCUACGCCCACACCAUCAUCCGCUUCUUGAGGGAGAACCCCGCCAUCCCGAAGCCGGAUGUCAUUUUCGGUCCCGCCUACAAAGGCAUCCCCCUCGCGUGCGCCACCCUCCUCGAACUCAACCGCCUCGACCCCGCCACCUGGGGCCCCGUGUCCUACAGCUACAACCGCAAAGAGGCCAAAGACCACGGCGAAGGCGGCAACAUCGUGGGCGCGGGCCUGAAGGACAAGACCGUGCUGGUGAUUGACGACGUGAUCACGGCGGGCACGGCCAUGCGCGAGACCCUGGAUCUGGUGGCCAAGCAGGGCGGCCGGGUCGUCGGGUUCGCGGUCGCGCUGGACCGGCUGGAGAAGAUGCCCGGCCCCAAGGAUGCGCAUGGUGUGGAGGACGAUGCGCCGCGCAUGAGUGCCAUGGGCCAGAUCAGGAAGGAGUAUGGCGUGCCGACCACGAGUAUUGUCACGCUGGAUGAUUUGAUCGUGUUGAUGCGGGAGAAGGGCGAGGAGGGCGAUAUGGCGCGGUUGGAGGGGUAUCGGGCCAAGUAUCAGGCUUCGGAUUAG